AUGGAGGGGUUAUCGAGUCUUCUGGUUGUCCAGAAACUUGGUCAGGGAGGGAAACGACUAGCAGCCAGAGGGGAGGCAUAUCAAUUCGGGCUUUUGAUUGCGACCUCCAUUGCAUAUGUUGCUUCAGCAUGGUGGAUUGUAAAUUCAUACCCAACAGCAGCGUCAUCGCCCCUAUCUUCUACCCUGCUUGGAGUCGCGAUAACGGCAUUCCUUUUCCUCACUAUCAUUGGUUUUGUGCUGCGUCGGACAAACAUUAUUGAGUCGUCCGGGCUUGCAGUUUUCAUUGCUUACAAUGUUUGGCUAUGUGGUUUCGACCAAAAAUCAUUCACAGAUCCAGCAUCAUCAUAUGCCCCUUUAUUGCCAAAUAUCCUUCCUCACAUCCAAACCCUACUCAAUUUUGUGAUUAACACAUUGCCAAAACCCGUCCUUAUUGCCCUUUUGUAUCGGUUGUCUAUUCUACACCUUGCGUCCGGCAUUCUUCCUACAAUUGGUGCAGAUAGCUGGGAGUCUGAAGAAGGCGUUGAUGACAACUGGAACGAUAGACCGACUUCAAUGUUAACGCGUCUGCUGUUAACAUACCGUCAGUCAAUAUUCAUUACUGUUUAUUCUCACUUACUCCUCCUAGACCACUCGUCUCAAAUAUGGUGGAGAUGGAUGAACAUUUUUUUCACCCUGGUCAUUUGGUCUGUGGAGCUGAUCGUCAGCUCCGAGGACGACAUUGCGGCAAAGGAGUACAAAGUAGACUAA